AUGUGUGCGGAUCGAAAGGUUCCAGAUUUUGAGUUUGGGGUGGGUGAGCAGGUGCUUCUGAAGAUAUCACCCAUGAAGGGUGUUAUACAAUUUGAGAAGAGGGGCAAGUCGAGUCCGAGGUUCCUUGGCUCAUUUGAGGUUCUCCGUAGAGUCAGAAAUGUUGCUUAUGAGUUGGCGUUGCCAUCGGGCCUAUCAAUUCGUUGGGAUUCUGUGCUACUUGAUGAGAAUCUGACCAAUGAGGAGGAGCCGAUAGCGAUCUUGAAUAGGCAGGUUCGGAAGUUGAGAUCUAAAGAGAUUGCUUCCGUGAAGGUUCAAUGGAAGCAUCAUCCUGUUGAGGAGGCUACUUAG